CAAUCAUCAGCCUGACUCAGCUUUCAUCUGCAGCUGGAGCGAGGGUUCCACCUAAUGCCGUGGUAGGUGGGGGACCUCACUCUUCGGAGUGGGGGAAGCGACACGGCACAGCGCCAAGAGAAGGCCACAACAUAGGAUCCCGACUCCCUGAAGCCACCAAAAGAGCAUAUCGUCGUGCCAGGAACCGUGCAGCCCGUUCCUUGGAAGGCGGGACCUUCUACCGGGGACAGUGGCACACCUCUGUCUCCCUUAAUGCCCUAGCGCAUGUGGACCCCUCCCCGCUCCUUAAGCAUUCCCGUAGGCGAAUUCCAGGAUGCACCCGACAUCCCACCAUAAGAGUCUUUAGCUGGAACACGGGAGGCCUCUCGGGCCCUGCUUUUCAGGAACUAGUUGCUUGGUUGGAUUCAGAAGCCACCUUUGAUGCUGUCAUCUUGCAAGAAACUCAUUGGCAAUCAAAUAGCGACUUUAGGAGUGGCAAAUGGCUUUGCACUCAUUCCUCCGGCUAUGAUUCGAACUUAGCAGUGGAUAGAUAUGGAGGCAUACUCAUCAUGCUACGCCAGGAUGUCUUCAGUGAUCCUUCGAUCAAUGAGAUAUAUCCGGGUCGCUUGUUGCAUGCUCGAGCCCUGCACAAAAAGAGUCAGCUCAAUGUGGACAUUAUUGGCCUCUAUCAACAUGUACAUCGUCCCAACCUUACGCCCGAUCUCAACCAGAAAUACAGAGCCGAUAUUUGGGGCAAACUCUCUGCCCUUGUCAAUCACCUACCUCAGAGAAACCCGCUUGUACUUGGAGGAGACUUCAAUUCGCAGCUGGCUGCUUGCAGACCCCAUGUUGGGGCGUCACACCUUACCGAAGGCCAGAAGGGGGAUAAGCAACUGCAUCGUCUUCUUGAGACGUGUGACCUGUGUGUGCUGAACAGCUGGCAUGCAAAUCCGGGUCAUACUUACGAAUCAUCUUCGAGUCGCACAAGAAUUGACUAUGUAGUUACUAAACUUGCUGAUGCCAAAGGCCAGGCCAGAUAUGCCAAGCCCAACCAUCUUUUCCCCGUCAAAGCCUACAGUCUCGCGGGACAUUGGCCUGUGGAGGCCAUCAUCCCAGUUGUGCCGUUCUGUCGACGGCCGCCGGAGGGUCAACCGACUCCAGCAGCCUUUGCAAAGGAUGACCUGUUGAUUGCAUUGCACUCCAACAGUGCAGCAGCCCAGGCCCUACAGUGUGACGUUGGGGAUAGGCUCGCGACCCUUGCGGGCUCCUCACAUGACCUGCUGCUAGUCCGCAACAAUAUCAAUCAGAUUCUACUUGAUGCAGCUGUGCAACACUUCCCGCCCAGAAGUGUGCAAGAUAAUCGAAUCAGUGCCCAGGGUGUCUUCCGUGCCUCAGCCAAGCACACCUGGCAACUGUAUCGGGUGCUCAAGGCGCCCCGCAUUACCGUGCCGCACUCUGUCUUCCUUAAAUGGAGGGAAGCCUGCGCCUUUGCCAAGGCCUCCAAGCUGCUUCGAGAGCAAAGUCGGCAACUCAAGCGACAGUCCCUGUUGGACAAGCUCGCUGAAGCUGAGUCCGCUGCAGCCAAGGGGGACCAGCGUGUGCUUCACAAAAUUGUGCGAAGCCUGGCUCCCAGAAGCUGCAAAAUCAUCUCCCGUCUGCGUGACCCGCAAGGUCAGCCUCUCGGGAAAGAGGCUUCCCUUCAAGCCAUGCUGGCUUAUGCCAAGGACACCUUCUGCACCAUACCAGACGUAGACAGCAUCAUGGUUCUCCAAAAGGAUUGGCCUCACACACAUCAGGAGGUUCAGGUGGAGCUCCAGAAGCUUGGUUUCUUCAAGGCUGUGCCACAGGGUGUUGCUCCUGCCGCCCUUUGGAAGUGCUGUGCAGGGACAAUCGCACCUGUCCUGAACGAAGCCUUCCAACAGCACUUCAAGGCGGGCAGCAGUGAAUGCCUUCAGGACAAGCUACAUGAUGCAUUCAUCACUCUCAUCCCUAAACCCACCAAACCACCCACAGCUGUGGAAAACAUGCGACCCAUUGGGCUGCAGUGCCCCAGUGCGAAGGUCAUUGCCGGGGUCCUUAGGCAAAAUCUGUUGGAUGUACUUCUCCCUCUAGUCAAAGAUCUUCCUCAGUAUGCCUACGCGCGCCAGCGUGGCACCUUCGAUGCAAUUCUCAGGGUACAUAUGCAUUUUGAGGAAGCACGUGUCUUGCUACGAACCAACUGUGUUGAUCGAUUCCAACAGUAUGAAGGUAACAGGAAACUGGCCUGCAUCGGAGCCUUGAGUCUUUCCUUAGAUCUGUCGAAAGCCUAUGACCUCACCAGCAGACCCAUUGUCUACGGCACAUUGGCCGAGCAUGGGGUGGAUCCGGACACAAUUCAGAUCAUCCAACAAUUGCAUCUUGAUGCCCAGUAUGUUUUUCGUGCCGGGGAUAGCACCAAAGGGCAAACCACGACUAAUGGACUAAAGCAGGGUUGCUGCAUAGCUCCCUUCCUCUGGAGUUUCUAUACUGUAGCCCUCAUGCAUGCACUGCGGAACAAGCUUGGGCCACAUUGGCUUCAACAAACCCUCGUGUUAUUUGCGGAUGAUCAUUGGUGUCAUUGGCUUAUCCGGAAUCGUCAGGACUGGCAGAAUGCACUUGCACAGCUGGUAGUAGUCUUGGAAACCUUGGUAUCCUUUAAAAUGUCCAUAAACUAUCGUAAAACUGCGAUUUUAUUGCGACUUGAAGGCAAAGAGGCCAAGGCAAUUAUGUACGAGCACACUCGCCUUAAGAACGGAGUCAGACACCUUGUCAUCACUGUCUGCGGGCGAGAGGAACUCAUCCCCAUCAAAGAUGAGCAUGAGUAUCUCGGUACAAAGGUCACGUAUCAUCACCGCCUUGACAGAAACCUCCGCCAUCGUUUGCAGGCUGGACAGGCCAAGUAUCAAGCUAUCCGGAAGCCCUUAAAUGGCCACCACCACCUUAGCACGCGACACCGUGAAAGAUUGUGGCGAGCCUGUGUCUCCACCAGCAUGCUUUAUUCUCUGCCGGCUGUAGGUGUCACGGGACAUGGUCUGGACAAGCUCACCAAGGCCUGCACCCGACAUCUUCGGGCAAUCCAGAGGCAGCCGGCUCAUCUAACACAUCUCCCCAAUACAGCCAUAUGGCAGCAAGCCGCGAUGGACAUGCCAGGCCGAAUGCUCCUCAAAGCCCUGACCAGCUUUCGAGAAAAUCUGCAGCGGAAGGCAGUAAUGUCACCUGACAUCACAACACAGCCAGGUAUCCUUGAUCAUUUGUGUCACCUGGAGGCCCAGCUCCAGCAUCAGGUGCAACAGCAGGAGCAACAUGAUGCCAACGUGUCGGACUCCGAAGUCCCGCAAAUCCCGUGUCCGGAGUGUGAUGCAUUCUUCCUGACGGAGAAUGCAAUGCGCAUACAUUGUCAGGUCAGCCACGGCAUUCUUCCUCCACGUGCAGCUUGUGAGCCCACCAAGUUUGUCCCCCGGCUUCAUGCCUGUGGUGGUCUCCCGAGAUGCCAGCUUUGCCUCAGGUCCUUUUACCGCUGGCAAAAUCUCAAGCAACACAUAGAAAGUGGAGCUUGCACGAAGCUCGGAGGAGAAAGCCAGAGUAAAUGUCCAGACUCUUGCCGCGACUCCCAGGUCACGGACCUGGGUCUUCCGACGGCCUCUGAGCCGACAGAUGCGGAUCAUGGUAUAAAACAGAAUGUGCCUCUUGUAGAUCGUCAGCUCUUUCGCAGCAAACAGCAUGACUGGGAAAGCCUCCUACGGGACUCUGCUCUACGUGUCGAGCUCAGGUCACUGCUCGAGGCGACAGAGGUGAAUCCGGAGGCCAGCAUCUUCGCCUUCUGCGAUCCUUCGCUGCUGGCAAAGGCCAAGCAGGAAACCAAGCAGGAAGUGGAGCUGGAUCCGGAGGGUCUUCCCAAUCUGGAGGAGGCCAAUCAGCCCCCAAAGCGCCCGCGCCCGGAACCCAAUCCUCUCUUCGUUCCCAAUGGCAACACCCAGCUACAGCGACGAGGGCAACAUCCGUUUGCAGCCCGAGGGCAACGAGGACCGAAGCACCAUCAGUCACAGCCCCUGCUGAAUGCCAUGGAUCCCAACCUGAGGGCAAUCAUCAAACUGAUGUUGCAACACGAGGACAUGUUAGCAGCUCAGCGAGUGGACAAGGUGUUCAUCCUGUUUGUCAGACAGGAUUACGCCAGCAUCAUUCCCAACUUGCAUUCGAUCUCUCAGCAGUUUCAUCAGAAGACACAGGACAGCAGCGGCGACCCACAGAUCACGUCCCCGCUGCGAACGCUACUCAUGGCUUGCUUGAUUCGGGAAAACUUAGCCCGGAUUCAGAAGAUGGUAUCCACGAGCGAAGGCCAGGGGAAGCUCCAGGCGGCGGGUUGGAUGAACGACAAAGGGGAUUGGACCUUCUUGAAAUUCUGCCACAAGACUCGGAAACUUGUGCAGGACACCUCCCGCACGUGCAUGAGCCAUCAGGAGAUAGUGAGACAGUACACCUUCCUGCUGGAGAACAUGAAGGGCGAGAUUGUUCAACAGUUCAACAGCACCCAAUCCCUGAAGGUUCUCGAAGCACAGACUGGUCCCAAACCCCAGGCCACGUUCAUUCUGCAAAUCUCCUUGAGGGGAGAACGUGCCAACGAGAUGCACGAGACAAUGUGCACACUGUUGGGCAGUGCCACUUGGCAACUGGUGGGAGUGAGCCUCAAACGCGGGACCCUCAAGAGGUCCCCUCUAGCGGAACAGCUAGCACAGCUGGUGUACGGACGAUGA